CGCUCCUCAGUCGACGUCAAGCCGUCGCGACGCGCGCUUAUUCGUUACCAAAUCGUCAUCGACGCUUCGGCCAUACGGUCGCACGCAUUUCUCGGCCUUAUAGCUAUCGUAACUCCGAACCACCUGUUUCGCAAAAGUGUGCAAAAACGUAUCCGGCGAUCGAUCGGGGAGGGAAAAUAAACGGCCCCAAUUCCAAUCGAUCCGAUAUUUAUUCGUUAGAUUUAUUUGGACGAAAUCAGUCGAGGCGGAGCCGACUUUGCCGUUGAUAUUUCGCCCGCGAUUUUACCUCGUGGUAUCUUCGCCCCGCUCACUACCUGGUUCAUCGAAUCGGUGCCACGGUCACCGAUGGGGACUUACGAUGUUCUUAUGACGUCGACGGAGCGCAACCGUGGUCGACCGAGGACCAGUUCGUACUUACAGUAAAGGUUUCCGAGAGUGGUCAGUUUGAAAAUUGAAAUUGGACCAAAGUGCAAAUCGUCGACAAUCAUUCGAUUGAAAUUUACCUGGUUUAAUAUGAACUGUGAUAACGUCGGCACUUUGUCACUACCAUGAGAUUACGAAAGUGAUCGGGAUAGACAGACGUUUUUUAAACGUGUCCGUUUCAGCUUUCUCGUCGAUAUCCGACGAGGUAUUCGAGAGUUGAGAGACGAUUGAAAUCAUUCGAAAUACAAAAAAAUCAAGGAAACAAUCAGUGUCAGAAGACAGGGUAAAGUGAUAGUGAGAAGCACCAUUGGAUUAUGCUUUUUGGAUAGCCAACGAGGCGACGUCUUUGCGACGCGCCGCUUCAGGAUCAUGAAGAAGCCUUCGAAAUAACGACGAACGGAGAACCGUAGGACCUGCAGCGCGUCCACGUCCGCGGUUUAACUUUCGUGAGGUAUAUUGGACGAAUAAAAUAAAUAUAUAUUUAUACCUAUUUGAUAAUUAAUCCAUCGGGGAGUCGAGAGCGGAGCCUAAGGGCAGAGACAACGCGGUGAGAUGGAGGGGACGGGAAUCCAGGUAUCUGAUAACGCUUAUCUGCAGCCGCGAUAGCCGUGCGGCGCCGCUUCAGUCGUGGACCUCAGGUGCUUGUAGCCAGAUCGAAUCGAGCUCGGAACUUUUUGACCCACGUCAAAGCGAAUUCGAAGUUAAUUUUUCAAAAGAUCUCAGUGCGGGAUUCGUGUGAUCCGCGUUAUCGGGAAAGGAUAUCGAAGCGAAGGGAGCCGAAGGGCGCAAAGAACCGCGGCGCGGCGAGUUUUUAAUUUGCCAUAUUUCGUAUCGACGAGCGCGAGUAACGGUGAGAACGCGUUGUAAACGACAAGGGCGAACUCCGACGUUGGAAUUCUGGGUAAAAAACAGGAAGCUCGCAUCAACCGACCCGGCAAGCUCAGUUAAAUUAUUCCGCAGCCAGUUUCGCACUCACUUAACCGAGCUGGGGCAUCCACCGACGGAAACUGCAUUACAGACGCAGUCGCACGGCUAAAUGCGCCACUCGCAAUCCGUCUGUAACUUGGAAAGACCGCCUUUGACACCUCACACUUGCCAACAGGCUUCACCAGCCUUUCUGCCGACUACUCCUCUUUAACCUGCCACAACGCUCUAAGAGCCCCGCAGGAACAAAGGAACUACACCGAAACUCGUCGGGGCCCCCUAUCCCCGGUGUGCAGACCAAGUUUCUAAUUAAACUUGAACUUUUAAUUGACUUAUUAUAAAGCUGCACCUUCUUCACUAAGCGGAAGGCUUUUCUCCACCUACUUUAGCCAGACCUUUAUACGGCGACCGGGUGCGUUUCUGUUGUUGCCGGUGGUUCUUACCCCGGUGUUGUUACCGCUUGAAAAACGGCUGCGGUCUAGUGCGUUCGCGAGACUCUUUUCGGGUCUGAAGAGAUCGGUCUGGUCCGUCGAUACGAUCCGCGGGGAGAAGGAAAUCCGCGUGUAUCGCUCCGCAAGGGAAAUCGGUCGACCGGAAAUCCGAUAUCUGAUCAAUCGACGUAGGUGAUUUCUGGUAGCUUCUGGUUACUUGGGUCGUCCGUCGGUAAUCGAAAGUACAACGAAUCUAGACAGUUGGAACAAUUGACUAGUCAUUCUUAUAACGAGUGUUUAGUGAGCUUUAUAAUUGCCAAAUAUAGUAACAUAUAUAUAUAUACUGACCAAAUAUAUUAGUGAAUUAAACCAAAGUGAACCAAAGAAAAAGAAAGAAGUUAACGUGUGUGAAAACUUGAUCUGUUACGUACGUCGACAUACAUACACAUAGAUAAAAUCGCGAGUUGAACCGUGCGCUGUAAAUUUUGAUAUAUUCUUAAGAAAGAAAAAAAAAAAAAAAAAAAACCAAAAACACCAAAACCAAAGAUACGAAGGCCGGGACAUCUCGUCCUAGCAGUUAUCAAGUGUGUCCAACUGCGUUUGGGGGUUCAGACCUUCAAACCACAGGCAGAACGCUGUCUUCCGCAACGUUAGCCAGCGUACAGCUGGGCGGACACCGGGUCUUCGUCGCUAGGAGGGCCCCCAUGAAAAUGCUCCAUUCGUUGAACGCCCUGGCGGGUAAGAUCUCGCCAGGUUCACCGAUCGACAGCAACGCCAACAAGGUUCACAUGCACAACAACAACGUUGUACAUCCUCAUCCCUACUCCAAGCAACCGCCGCCGCAGCCGAGCAACGGUGACCAAAAGGAAAACACCAUGAUGAACAAUAACAGUGUGGAACAACCGGAUCCCGACUACAUAAAGAUGUUCGUCGGCCAAGUUCCUCGGAGCAUGGACGAGAACGAUUUGCGGGCGAUGUUCGAAGAGUUUGGCCGAGUUCACCAGAUCAACGUUCUUCGGGACAAGGUCACAGGGAGUAGUAAAGGAUGCUGUUUCGUUACGUUUUUUACAAGAAAAGCAGCCCUGGAGGCUCAAAAUGCACUGCACAACAUCAAGACGCUCAACGGGAUGCAUCAUCCCAUCCAGAUGAAACCCGCCGACAGCGAGAACAGAAACGAGCGGAAGUUGUUCGUUGGAAUGCUUUCGAAAAAGUACGGUGAAAUCGAUGUACGAAGUAUGUUCGGCGUAUACGGCUCCAUAGAAGAAUGCACGGUCCUCAGAGACACCGCGGGUCAGAGCAAAGGAUGUGCCUUCGUGACGUUCGCCAGUAAACAGUACGCCAUCAACGCCAUCAAAUCCUUGCAUCAUUCGCAGACGAUGGAGGGUUGCUCGUCGCCGCUGGUAGUUAAAUUUGCGGACACGCAGAAGGAAAAGGACCAAAAAAGGAUGCAGCAGAUUCAGGCGAAUCUAUGGAACCUCGCGGGUGUCAACAUGGCGCCGCACUACCUUACGACCAACGAAACGCAUUCGUUGGCGCCAGCCUCGCUGCAACUUCUGCAGCAACUUCAAGCGUCGUCGAACGCCGGCACGCCGGCGGGGGCAGCCAACGCCAAUGCACUUACCAACGUGCAACAUCAGCUUCUGCUGCAGCAACACCUCGGUCUUGGGGGAGCGACGCCGACCGCAGCGGCACCUCAAACUGUACCGAGUCCGCCUGAGAUAAAUCCCGCGAAUUUACAGAGUCUGGCGACGCUGGCGUCACUUAGCAACUCGGCGGGUGAGUACGGUGCAGGAGUGUCACCUAUGAGUAUGCAGAACCUUGUCACCUUAGCCGCUAUGACUGGUGGAAAUGGCAACCUUCAAGUUUCUCCAAACACGCUGAGCGGGUUGGCGAACUCAACUGCAGGUAUGUCGCUAUCUGCGCUACUCGGAAAGACGGGAAGUACAGGGCCCACGGGAGGAAGUUUGAGUCCCGUGACGUCACUGGCGCUCAAUUCGUUGACCGGAGCACCGUUGAACGGACUCCAAGAUUCCCUGAGCAACGCUUAUUCGAGCUUACAGCAAUACGCAGCUCUCAUUGGAAAGACAACGGUGACUGUGGAAAAGAAAGAGUUGCAUAGGUUUCCGGCGUUUACCGGAGCUGCGGCGGCUGCGGCGGCUGCAGCGGCAGCAGCCCAAAAUUCCACCACCGGUCCUGCCGGGAAACAGAUCGAAGGCCCCGAGGGUGGCAACCUCUUCAUUUAUCAUCUCCCUCAAGAGUUUAGCGACACCGACCUCGCCUCCACUUUUCUGCCAUUCGGCAAUGUCGUGUCCGCUAAAGUUUUCAUAGACAAACAGACGAACCUCAGCAAAUGUUUUGGUUUUGUAUCGUACGACAACGCGGCGAGUGCACAGGCGGCUAUUCAGGCGAUGAACGGUUUCCAAAUUGGCACUAAACGAUUGAAAGUACAGUUGAAGCGGUCGAAGGAAGCGGCGAGGCCUUACUAACCACCGUCGAUUAUCGUAGCAGGUGGCCUGUGACCAUGUGACCAUGUGACCAUGUAUUCGACCGGAGUCGCCGCGCCAUGUCCGUCUCAGUCAGUCACAAUCAAUUUCUCAAUCAGUCUAUAUAUAUAUGUGUGUCGGUGCAACCAAACAUAAAAAAAAAAAAAAAAAAAUAAGAAAGAAAGAAAAUCGCCCACCUCUCACCUCAUUUCAUCCAUUUUUUCCCAAUCCAUUUCAUCCCAACUUUGCCCUCACCUCUGCACCUCGUCUCACAAUCAGUCCACUUCAUUCGAUCGAUCGAUAUAAUAUACUGUAUUACCGCUGUACCAAAUGACCAUAGGCUUACCUAUAAUAUGCGAAGAAAGAGAAAAACGCUAACGAACCCAAAUAAAUAUUUAAAAAAACAAAAAACUUUUAAAAGUAACAAAAAAAAAAAAACAAGUAUGAAAAUAAUAAACUUAAAUUAACACCGUAUAGGAAAGAGCUGUGUGUGUUGCAAAGGGAUCGGUACGGCCAGAUUUAUAUCGGUUUAUAACGAUCGCUGUCAUGCAGGUAUAUGAAUAAUACGUGUGUAAUAUGUGUGAAAACAAGAGUCCAGUAUAUAAUAGAAUAAUUCACACCACCUUGUCUAUAUCAUUAUAGAUAAGAUUAAUAAAAAUAGCUAUAUUAACAUGUAUAUAUAUAUAUAUAUAUAUAUAUGGAUAUAUAUAUUUGUGUACCUCACGAUUCUUCACACACAAAACAUAUGAAUUCACACACACAUACAUACAAUUUGUUGCUACUAUUAUUGAUAUAUGUAUAAUUAAAUUUGUUCUCAACGAGCGAACGUUUUAUGAUGAGAAAAAAAUGAAAAACAUAAAAAACAUCUUUAAAAACAGGGAAAGGAAGAUAAGAAAAUAGAAAAGAGAAGAAAUAUACAUAUAUAAAUAACAAUAAUAAUAAUAACAUCAAACAAACAAAAUAGCAUAUAUUAUUACAUAUAAAUUAGAUUUAUUAAACGUUGACUGAAAAUUAUUUUUAUCGGAUAAUUAUCAGAAUAUUGGACGAAAUCGUCCUAUUAUAUAUAGUGGCGCUAAUGCCGUGUGUUUAUAUCGACGAAUGAGAUAUGAUGAAUAACGUUUGACUAUGGAACGUUCAAUCAUUCGCUGUAAUUCAUCGAUUCAUUAAAUUCAUUCAUUCAUUGAAUCACGUGUAUAAAAUAUACUAUAUGAGGGAUAAGAAGAAAAACCAUCAACUAAAAAAAAACACAAAUAUAUUAUAUGAACGAUAAUUUACUAUCUAACAUUCGUAAAGAGAAACCAAAAAAACAUAAAUCAAGGAGACGAAAAAACAAAAAACAAAAAAAAAAUUAUAUAUAAGAGACAUUUUGUAAAGACUUUGUAUAAGAUUGUACCAUAUACGCUGUUAUUGGACUAUAGAAUUGUGUAAUAGUAGGUGUGUGUGUCUAUGCGUCUGUCAGUUUUUAUUCCCUUUUUGGGUACAAAACAGAACGUACGUUCAAAGGAGGAGAAAUGAAAAGUUUAAAACAUGUUUUUUUUACCAAAACAAAAAAAACAAAAAAAGAACAAACUUGCGCGCCCUCGUCUUUCCAUUAUUAAUCACCCCACUUCAUCGUACUAACGCGCUAAUAACUUUCCACUCAUACAUACCUGCAUAAAUGAUUAACGAUUAGGAAAAAUCAAAAAAACAAGUGAAAGAAAAUUAUUUUCUAAACGCUGAACGUAUAGGGCAUUCGCGCCAAUCCACUGGAAUAGAAAAAACUCAAAAAAUCGGACACACCAACCCCCGGCGGCAGUUUACCGAAAUAUACAUACUUCUCUCACAAUUUGCACGAACAAUCCCACUUUUGCUACAGAUAUAUGAAUUAUAUUUUGGUUUCGUUGAGUAUCUGAUUUUUAUUUGAUUUUUUUUUUUUUUUUUUGUUACGCUUAUUUGUUAGCAUGUUCGAAAUUGACGUAUGAAAUUUAUUUGCUUUCGCCGUGUACGUGUGUAAUACUUGCAAUUACGGAAACGUACACUCACAUGUUUUGUGUAAAAAUCGAUUCCAUAUUGAAUUUUUAUUUCGAUAGUUAUUUUUUCAAUUAUUUGUAGCCAAGCGUGGAUAUCACCUCAAUGACGUGUGAGAAACAAUCAAUUAAUGUGUAAGUGGUUUGACGUGUUCUAUCUUCAGUUCACUUUUUCCUUUUACAAUUUUUGAGAGACUUAUACACCGUGUUUACGGAAUACGAUUUACAUUUUGCUAUUUUUUACAAAUCCAAUUUCGUUUCUCCAUAAUUUUUAUGACGUUUAAAAAAUUCUACGUAGUAUUUGAAUCGUAAAAUCAGGUAUUCCUAGAUUAUUAUUUUUUUCUUUUUAAUUACCAAAAUUUUACGAUCUUGGUAGGUUUUUGAAUGAUCAUAACGCGGUUUUCGCAUGCAGCGGGCAUUUGGCUAGGCGCACGUUGAGAUAAAACCUUCGAGCGAGAUACCAAAGAUGUGUCUUAACCGAUGUAUGUAUGUACUUACGAAAAGCUAUUAUAUAUAUCACUAACAAACUGUUAGAGUAAUUGACUAACAAUAUCUGAUAUCUUGAAGCACACAAAAUAGAGCCUAGUCAAAAGUGUUAACUGUUUAUAUUGUCUUCGUAAUAUUAAUUAUUUUUAGAAAUAUAUCAUUAUCAUUAUCAUUGUUAUUAUUAUUACGAUUAUUAUUGAUUCGUAGUCGUUUAGUUUCCAUAUUAUUUUUUGUUUGUCUUAAGUUUUUUUUUUUUUUUUCUCUUACGUUAUUCAAAUUGGUACUACUACCGCUAUUAUAAUGAACCUGGGAUUUUUAGUUUGCGCAAAUGAUGAUGACGUGGCUUGUUCUAGUGAAAUUUUAACUAGCAACUUGUACAUGCUCUGCAAGAUUAUUUUUUUUUUCUCACCAUCCAAGCUGUGUACCUGUAAUAAGAGAGAAACGCAAUUUCUUUACCGCUUCGGCAAGGCAUAGACUUGAAUGGAUACCAUUGAAUCAAUAUAUAAAUUUGCAGUUUAUGUAUAAAAAUUAUUAUACAACGGAUACAUGAAUAUCGUAUCUACUCGCGCAUGAGUCUGUUGAAAAAAGUUAUUUUAAAAAUAGGAUUUUCACCUCACUCACAAUUAAAUAGCUAAGAAAUUAUUUACGCUGACGCAAUGAAUUAAGCGACACUGUUACAGUUUUUUUUCUUUCGUGCGUUAUCGUUACACACUUGUAAGUUAGAUAGUUGAAAUUGGAUUCUGCGAGUCCUGCUGCAGAUGUUGACUACAUAAUAUGCGACGGAAAUUUUUCUUUGCUAUUUCUAAACUAUUGACUAAACUGCAGUCUAUAAUUAUUAACAAAUUGCGCUUAGUGCUGAGUAUAAUCUGCAAAGUCGAUGUUCAAUUUGAGAAAAAAACCUUUAUUUUUACCACCAUAUCGACGCCGACGCAAAUGUAUCGACGCUUAUGUCGUAACGAACAUGUACUUAAAUUAAUAUCUGCAUUUUUUCUGAAAGCUAUUUCAUAAUGCUAUUAUCAUCCAAAAGCGGGGCAGAUGUGCAGCAGUGAUAUGGUCACGCGCAAAAGUUUAACGUGCACUUUGUGAAUUUCUAAUGUAUAUAUUGCGUACGUGCACUAUGUAUUGUGUAUAUCAUAUGCACACAUAUCGUCUAUAUCCUAACCGUAUAUUCUUUUUUUAGUUUGCUUUUCGUAUUUUCAUCCGUUUGUUGAGUUCUCUAACAUGUUUUUCCUGUUUUUCUUGAUCUGCUUAUAUUUCGUUUCUUUUUCAUAGAUGAAUUAAAUUAAAAAUUCGAAUCGUCGUACGUCGCGAUAUUCUUAUUCCUGAAGCGAAGAGGGGAAACAAUUCAAUGAAAUUGAAAAUUGUAUCAAAUAAUGAGAGAAAAAAAAAAUCAUUCAUUCCUAUGCAGAGACACACGCGUGAUUGGUACGCUUGCGUCGGUCGCAAUUAACUUCUAUACACUAAAAUAUACCUAUUAUAAUCAAAUUGUUUCGUUACUAUAAUAUUUAUUUACGGUAGUCAUAUUAUAUGUAUAUACAUAUAUUUAUAUAUGUGUAUAUUAGUGAUACACGUAAAAAUAUUCAGCGGUGUUUCAUUAUUGUUACCAAUUGUUCAUUAUUAUGUAGUACGCUAUUUUUAUUAUUAUCACUAUCAUAAUUAUAAUGAUUUAACUCACAAGCAGCUAUAUAGAAUUGAAGGGCUAUUAAAAAAAAAAGGAAAAAAACUAAAACUAAACUAGGUGGUUUUUAUACCUGUACAUGCAAAUAUUUGAAACGAGCUGUGUCAUUGCGAUAGUCAACGAUACAAACUAUAAGUCUUAUAGUAUACUGUAUUGAUCAUUUGUUAUACAUUAUUAGCUAAUUAUUAGUAGGUCUACAUAUAUUAUUGUUAUUAUCAUUAUUACGAUUAUGAUUAUCAUUAUAAUUAUUAUUAUUUACUGCUAAAAGUUAUAUUUGUUCAAUUUUUUUGUUUCGUAGAAUGUUUAUUUUUCUUUUUUUCUCUCUCCAGCAUUUGAUGCUUGUACCUCUGUAUGUAUGGGGCAAUGGGAUACCCGAAUUGAUUUACGGAUACGUUACUUAUUCCAUAAUUAUUGCUGGAAAAACAAAAAACAAAAAAAAAAACAUAUCUAUUGCAGCAAGUAAUCAUCAGUUUAUAGAUUAUUGUAAAUCAGUUUGAAUAAUUUUUCAAUUUUCAAUCCCUACGCGGCUUGAGGCUUCUAUUCAGUAUGUACUUAACGAUUAUUGAAAUUUAAUUAGUUCAUUGAAGAUCAUCUUGUUAAUGCAAGAUUGAAAUAGAGAAAAAGUAAAGCGCGGUCGUAAAAAUUAAACGAAGUGAAAUAGAAUUUUACAAACCGCUUCGUUUCACGAAUAGUAAGUUGAACCAAAUAUUGUUCAUUCUGGUCUCUUUUAACCAAAUAAGGAGGGAAUAUAUGCCUAUAGAUAAAAUAUCGGAUUCCAAUGCUCCAGUUUUAUAAAACAGCUGAGUGACGUUAAGACGCGUCGUGGUGCUCGAAAUUUUUCCAACCGACGUUAAAUAUGUACUUCAGUGUUCAAUGUUCUCUGGGCAUCGUGUGUAACGACAUCGUAUUUAAUACCAUUAUCAUAUCGCCCGCUGCGAAGGAACAUAAUUUCACGUUAUAUUUGUAUUUUGACAAUGGUUCAAAGUCAUCGUUGUCCAUCCUUCAUCUUACAAUCGGCACCACGACGUCACGUCGGCUCAGGGCAGCUCGGUCAGUAUGAGGCGUAUGUCAAAUGUCAAUAUAUUUAUUUUGUUGGUUUAAUUAUUAUUGCUUUUAUUAUUUACCCCGUCCCACGAUCCCACCACAAUACCUUUUGUCGCGCAUGACGUUUACAAUCAUAAUACUAAAAGUUUUUCUUCAACGUUAGAUUUCACAGCCAUAUUUUGAACGGUAACAUUUCGUCGACGGCCAGCCGUAUACGUUCAGCCAUUCCCCACCUCCCCCUUGAUUAAAUUCUUUCGAAAAACGAUCUACGAUGCAUACACACGAGUAGUUUGAAAAAAAAAAAACAAACGGAGGCAAAACAUCAAUUCAUUAAUUGAAUGAAAAAAAAUACAAAAUAUUUUUCUGUGAAUAGUAGAUUUGAAAUACGGAAGCUCUAAUUACUUUGUUAUCUACCUACCCACCUAUAGUACACGUAGGUAAUAACACAUAAUCUGCAUCAUUUUACAUACGUACGUUACUACUUGUGAUCUGUGGACGUGUAACAUAAUUUAAAAGAAAAGGUGGAAAACGAAAAAAAAAAAAAAUAAUUAUAAUAACAGUGUUUGAUAUUCUGAUUGUGCUCGCCAAUCUUUUUGAUGUAACUGACAAAAUUUUGUGUGAUCUCCUUAUAAUCAGCAUCUCGGAAUCGGUUUGUGAUUCUGUAUCGUUUUUUAAAUCAAUCAAUCAAUCCAAAGAGGGCCUGGGGCAAUGCUGCUGAUCGUUGAAUAUUGGUAAAUUCCAACGAAUGCGAUAGAAAAUUUUAACCAUUUAAGGUAAUAAUCAUUUACGAUGUACAUACAAUAACACAGCGCCAAAAAUUCUACAAACAUAUAAGGAUAUUAAAUAUUCUGGCGCAUUUUAAAAAAAGUGAGAGGUGCACAUUCAUUUCUUUGUCGCGGAGUAGAUAUGCCGCUAGGAAAAGAGAGUCCUUUGGAUCAAAAAACGCGGAGACUGGUUACGAAAUCUCCAAAAACCUAAGCAGUUCAGUUCCGAAUUUUAAAUCAAGAUUCACGGCAGCAAGCCGCGACGCGAUCGGCGUUUAAUUUACAACUACAGGUAAACUUAAAACGAAGGAAUGUAAAUUGUAGACCGCAUGUAUAAAAGAAAAUUAUUUGAACGAAUUCGUAAGUAAAAUAAUUCGCGCGCAAGAAUCUAGUCUCUUGUUCCGUAUUCGUUAUAUGUUUAAUUGGAAAUGUGAUAUAUUCAACGAAUUGUCAGCAACGCUGCACCGUCAAGUGCACACCCACACGUGUAUCGUUGUAUAAAUGAUAAAUAAUAUUGAGUGUGAAUAUGAAUUAGGCAUAACUGUGGCCAUUGCAAGAUCACAUUGCAUUGAUCAUAUGUAUUGUAUAAAGAGAAGGAAAAGAAAAAAAAAAAAAAAAAAACUUCACCGUUAUGAUUUCAUAAGUUUUGCUAACUUUGUACGGUAAAAAGAUUCAAGCUUCAAAAUUUUCUAGACAAUGCUGCAUGAAUCUUUUUUCGAUACAGAUGAGCUUCGAUAAUUGUUAACUGUUUGUACAUCGGACGAUGAUUGAAAAGACGUUGAUCGAGUGAAUAAAAUUGAAAAGGAUUGAUUAACUCUUUAGGUAAUCACGCUACAUACAAAUUACGGUCAUUGGAAUAUUUGUGCAAAACUUUUGCUUUUUCUUUGUUGAAACAAGAUCUCAUUUUUCGCAGUCGUAUACAUCGAAGCGCAUGUAAUUCAUCAAUUGAGAUUUACAAUGAAAUUUAUCAAUAUUGAAACGCACAUCCAUGUAUGCGACAAUCCGUUCAACUGCGUGAAUUCACAUCGAAGAUAUUGUAAAUGUGAAUGAAACGCACAGCUUUAUUAUCUAUGUUAAAUUUCGAAAGGUUUUUGAAACCACCAGACUCCAUAGUAAUCGGCAAUUUUUUAAACGGCAGCUAUACUCUAACAAAAACUCGAGCAAAGUCUUUGAUUCGCAACGUAUAAAAUCAGUAUGAAAAUUAUGAAGAGAAAAAAAAUAACUAAAAUAUAUAAUGACAAUGAGAAGAGCAAAGAAACGAAGGUGAGCACCAAGUGCAUCAUUUUAGCGUAUAGGCCAACUGCAGAGACAUAUAAUUAAUUAUUAAUAUUAAUAUUAAACAUAUUAAUAUAAUGAUUUAUCACAUAGUGUAUGUCUAUCGCACCUAAGAAUCACCGUAGUUUAAAGAGUAACGAUUUAGAUUUUGUAUAUUGCGUGCGGGAGUAUAGACGUGUGAUAUAAAAAAAAAAAACUAAAAAAAAAAAAAAACUAAAAAAAAAAACCGAAAAAAAGAUGAAUAAAAAACAGAAAAAAUGUGUGCGCCAGACGCGCCAUAGUUAGGGCAGCAAGUUAAUAAAUCGUAUUUUGGAAUUAA